GGGAAGCUCUGGAUAGAGCCACGGAUUGGCUGACUGGGGCGCAGCUUGAUGGCGUCGGGCUGGCGAGCUGCGGUCCCGCGGGUGGACCCGGGGCGAAGGCCGCCUGUGUGAGAGGGCCAGUGGCCCAAGCUCGCUGCGGACACGGGGAGGGGGAAUCGGGGGUACUAGUCCUCCCUACACUUCGCCAUGAGUUUCCUGAUCGACUCCAGUAUCAUGAUUACCUCCCAGAUACUUUUCUUUGGAUUUGGAUGGCUUUUCUUCAUGCGCCAACUGUUUAAGGACUAUGAAGUACGUCAAUAUGUGGUACAGGUGAUCUUCUCUGUGACUUUCGCAUUUUCGUGCACCAUGUUUGAGCUCAUCAUCUUUGAAAUCUUAAAAGUAUUGAAUAGCAGUUCCCGUUAUUUUCACUGGAAAAUGAACCUGUGCGUAAUCCUUCUGAUCCUGGUGUUCAUGGUGCCUUUUUACAUUGGCUAUUUUAUUGUGAGCAACAUCCGACUAUUGCAUAGGCAGCGACUGCUCUUCUCCUGUCUCCUGUGGUUGACCUUCAUGUACUUCUUCUGGAAACUAGGAGACCCAUUUCCCAUUCUCAGCCCGAAACAUGGGAUUUUGUCCAUAGAACAGCUCAUCAGCCGGGUAGGUGUGAUCGGUGUGACUCUCAUGGCUCUUCUUUCUGGAUUUGGUGCUGUCAACUGCCCAUACACGUACAUGUCCUACUUCCUCAGAAAUGUGACUGAUGCAGAUAUCCUCGCCCUGGAACGGCGACUGCUCCAAACCAUGGACAUGAUCAUCAGCAAAAAGAAAAGGAUGGCAAUGACACGGAGAACUAUGUUCCAGAAGGGGGAGGUGCAUAACAAACCAUCAGGAUUCUGGGGAAUGAUAAAAAGUGUUACCACUUCAGCACCAGGAAGUGAAAAUCUCACUCUUAUCCAACAGGAAGUGGACGCUUUGGAAGAACUAAGCAGGCAGCUUUUUCUGGAAACAGCUGAUCUGUAUGCUACCAAGGAGAGAAUAGAAUAUUCCAAAACAUUUAAGGGAAAAUACUUCAAUUUUCUGGGUUACUUUUUCUCUAUUUACUGUGUUUGGAAAAUUUUCAUGGCAACGAUUAAUAUCGUUUUUGACCGGGUUGGGAAAACUGAUCCUGUCACAAGAGGCAUUGAGAUCACUGUGAAUUAUCUGGGGAUCCAAUUUGAUGUGAAGUUCUGGUCUCAACACAUUUCCUUCAUUCUGGUUGGAAUCAUCAUCGUUACAUCUAUCCGAGGACUGCUGAUCACUCUUACCAAGUUCUUUUAUGCCAUCUCUAGCAGUAAGUCCUCCAACGUCAUUGUCCUGCUGUUAGCACAGAUAAUGGGCAUGUACUUUGUCUCCUCUGUGCUGCUGAUUCGAAUGAGCAUGCCUCUAGAAUAUCGUACCAUAAUCACCGAAGUCCUGGGGGAGCUACAGUUCAACUUCUAUCACCGUUGGUUUGAUGUGAUCUUCCUGGUCAGUGCUCUCUCCAGCAUACUGUUCCUCUAUUUGGCUCACAAACAGGCACCAGAGAAGCAUAUGGCACCUUGAACUCAUGCCUGUUAUAGACUGCUACAGGCCAGUAGCGUCAGAAUUUGGAUAUAAGAGAAAACAAUGGAGGGGACCAGGGCCUAAUAUUUUUUAAACAAUCAAAACACUGAGGUAGCAGAUUCUACCUCCAGCUUAUGCCUUCCUCCUCAGCUGAUACUGUGAUCAUGUAGCAUUAGCUAGAACAUGAGCGUGAAGUAAACUCAAGCUAGCCCUCAGCGGAGCGCAUCCCACAAGGGUUUGAGGCUGAUGCAGCAUGGCGGAAGAGGGGUGGAAAAGAGCCAAGAAACUAGUCUGGGAGAAUACACUGGAGCCCUAGGGUAAGGGGAAGUCUGAGGUAGCUGGGCCAAACACACAGGAUCUCUGUCAAGGCUCACACGGAGGAGGUUCUGGCUUUCCCUUAAGAUUGACAAUCAUUAAAAUCAGAUUGGAACCCUU